AUGUCAAACUGUACGGUCGAGACCUGCACAGUUGAGACCAGUGAUGGAGUCAAACUCAGCACAAGGCUCUUCAAACCAAGAGAAGAGAUCAACAAGGGCAACCCUGUAGUGGUUCUGGUGCACCCAUACUCAGUCUUGGGUGGUUGCCAAGGCCUAUUGAAAGGUAUAGCAGCUGGGUUGGCAGAUAGAGGCUACAAAGCUGUGACCUUUGACAUGAGAGGGGUUGGGAGGUCAACAGGGAGGGCUUCUCUUACUGGGUUUGCAGAAAUCAAGGAUGUGAUUGCUGUGUGCAAAUGGGUCUGUGAGAAUCUCUCUGCUGACAGGAUUUUGUUGGUGGGUUCUUCUGCAGGUGCCCCAAUUGCAGGCUCUGCAAUAGAUCAGAUUGAACAAGUUGUGGGUUAUGUUAGUCUGGGGUAUCCUUUCGGCAUGAUUGCCUCAAUACUUUUUGGGAGACACCACAAAGCCGUACUACAAUCUCCAAAACCAAAAUUUUUCAUAAUGGGGACUAAGGAUGGGUUCACAAGUGUUCAGCAGCUCAAGAACAAGCUAAGUUCAGCAGCUGGGCGCGUCGAAACACACCUGAUUGAAGGAGUAAGCCACUUCCAAAUGGAAGGCCCUGCUUAUGACGCACAGAUGGAGCUUAGUUGGUUUGCAUACUCUGUGCCAUCACAGUGUAAAAUUAAGCUGCUGUCUCAGUUAAUUUGGCAUUUAGCCACACAAUGA